AAUUCGCGAAUAUACCUCAGAAGAAAAUGGCUAACUCGUGUCGCUGGGUUCGAGCGUAUCUUUGCGCGUCGUUUUGUGAACCCCGUAGUCUGCAAUCACGUUGACGUCUAUCGCCAUUUCCUCACAGGAGGAUUUUGUUCGAUUACUUUCUAAGCUAUGGCAGAAGGAAAUGGGGAAAUAAAAAUGGAAGAAAAACAGUCUAAGGAGGAAAUGGAAUAUGUAGAAAGAACGGAAGAUUUUUCAAAGUUGAUUCAAUAUGGAUUAGAUGAAAAAGUAGCUGCAAAAUUAGAUGAAAUUUAUAAAACAGGAAAAUUAGCUCAUGUGGAUUUGGAUGAAAGAGCAUUAGAUGCUUUAAAGGAAUUUCCUGUCGAUGGUGCAUUAAAUGUACUCACACAGUUUCUUGAAUCUAAUUUAGAACACGUAUCAAAUAAAUCUGCAUAUCUUUGUGGUGUAAUGAAAACCUAUAGACAGAAAAGUCGAGCUGGACAAGGUACUGGUACUAGUACUACUCCAAAAGCACCAGAUGAAGACAAAAUAAAGAUGAUUCUUGAACGAACUGGUUAUCCUUUGGAUGUAACAACAGGACAAAGGAAAUAUGGAGGUCCUCCUCCAAAUUGGGAAGGUCCUACACCAGGAACUGGUUGCGAGGUAUUUUGUGGAAAAAUUCCAAAAGAUAUGUAUGAAGAUGAGUUAAUUCCUUUGUUUGAAAAAUGUGGAAAAAUUUGGGAUUUAAGAUUAAUGAUGGAUCCGAUGGCAGGAUGUAACAGAGGAUAUGCUUUUAUCACUUUUACUAAUAGGGAAGCAGCACAACAAGCUGUUAGAGAGCUCGAUAAUCACGAAAUAAAACCCGGCAAGAAUCUGAAAGUAAACAUUAGCGUUCCUAAUCUACGACUUUUCGUGGGGAACAUACCAAAGUCAAAAGGCAAAGAGGAGAUCUUGGAGGAAUUUGGUAAAUUAACAGCUGGUCUGACUGAGGUGAUUAUCUACAGUUCUCCGGAUGACAAGAAGAAAAAUAGAGGUUUUUGCUUCUUAGAAUACGAAUCUCACAAAGCUGCUUCCUUAGCCAAACGAAGAUUAAGUACCGGUCGCAUCAAAGUAUGGGGCUGUGAUAUCAUAGUUGACUGGGCUGAUCCUCAGGAGGAGCCCGACGAACAAACCAUGUCUAAAGUGCGUGUAUUGUAUGUGAAAAAUUUGACUCAAGAUUGUUCUGAGGAGAAAUUGAAAGAAAGUUUUGAACAAUAUGGUAAUAUUGAAAGAGUGAAGAAGAUCAAGGAUUAUGCUUUUGUCCACUUUGAAGAAAGAGACAAUGCUGUCAAGGCGAUGAACGAAUUGAACGGGAAAGAGAUUGGUGGUUCUCAUAUUGAAGUAUCUCUCGCGAAACCUCCAUCUGAUAAAAAGAAAAAGGAAGAGAUGCUUCGUGCUAGAGAGCGAAGAAUGAUGCAAAUGUUUCAGGGCAGAAGCGGGGGUUCUCCAUCCCACCCAAGUAUGAUGGGAGGACCAAUGCCAGUUCGAGGACCAGGUCAGGGUCCUCGGGGUACCGGCGCAGGUAUGCGAGGACAGAUGGGACGAGGCGAUUAUGCUCUCAUGGAAAUAGAUUAUGAUUACGACUAUUACGGUUAUGGGGAUUAUCGAGGUGGCUACAGUGAUCCAUAUUACGAUGACUAUUAUCGAUACGAAGAUUACUAUUUCGAUUACGCGCCGCCUCCGCCACCUGCCAGAGGGAGAGGCAGGCAGCCUCAACCGGCUGGACGUGGCCGUGGAGUAGUGCCGCGUGGCCGAGUCGGUGGCCCCCAAGUCCGUGGGCCAGUCAGGGGGGGACGCAACCCCGCAACUUCAGGGGCUCGUGGGGUCCAGCGGCUGUCCGCUCGUGGGGGGGUCCGCGCCAAGGGAAGUUUACCAGGUGAGGAUGCAGGUAAACGAAAAUUUGACGGGGGUCACCAGAACCAGGGGGAAUCUAAGCGUCGCUUCCAGAGCAACUGGGGAAACCAACCCCUCGCCCAACAACCACUGGGCAAUGCGUACGGAUUGGCGAGUGUGAAUGGUGGCAGUGGUGGUGGUGGCGGCGGUGACAUAGGAUUCGGAGGUAGGACCGCCACUCUUGGCGGUGUUUCCAGCGAUGAUCACGAAUGGUACCAAGACUCCUACCAGUCAUGGAGCUAACUUCUGCAAGUCUGUGAGUGAAUACGCACGCACGCACUCAUUUAAGUACGCACGCAAUCACGCAUGACGAACGAACGAACGAACGAACGAACGAACGAUCGAUCGAUCGAUCGAUAAACAAAACAAACAAACAAACAAAAUGAACAACCAAUUUCGAGUUGACCUUAUGCACAUAGGAGGAAGAAGCAAAGUGAAAAAAAAUAAAAAAGCGAACUGAAACAAACAAAACAGAAAGGAAGAAGAUAAUUGCAAAAGAAACCUGGAAAAAAAAAUUGGAAAGGAAAACAAGGAAAAAGAGUGAAACGGGAAAAGGUUUUUUUUAUAAAGUACAGAAAAAUGGAGAAAAGAUGAAUCGAACGAGGUUACGUAAUCUAUAAUAAUAUAAAUAAUGCUGUUUACUUUCAAUCGUCAAUUUGGCAAUUUGCAAAUGUUUUUAACGCCUAUUCAAUCAUCAUCAAAUGAACGAACAAAUAUGAGAAAGCGCGUGAAGCGUCGUACUAGGCCUCACCACCAUCGCCCGCUGUUGUCGUCGUGACUAUAUAUAUAUAUAUAUGUAUAUAUAUAUAUAUGUACACAUAUACAUAUAUAUAUAUAAAAAUAAUAUAUGUAUAUAUAUAUAUAUAUAUAUACAGUGAUGUGCCACUGGGACUAAUUACUACAUCGGAGUGACCACCCAACAACCCACCCCGUACUAUUAUUAUUAUAAUACACAUAUAUAUAUAUAUAUAUGUAUAUACAUACAUACAUACAUGUAUAUACAUAUGCAUAUGUACAUAUACACAUAUAUAUCUGUAUGUAUUAUGUAUAUAUGUAUGUAUGGAUAUGUAUACGUAUAUGUAUAUAUUACAUAAUGUGUUUAUGUGUGUGUAUAUAUAUAUAUAUAUAUAUAUGUAUAUGUAUACACUAAUCUAAGUACUACUACAUUGUCACAUUGUUUACUGCCAAGUGAUACAAAGAUCAGCGAUGUUGACAUUGGGAUUGUGAUGGCUUGUAUUAAUUAAGAAAAAUCACGGAAGCCUGCGAUUUUAUUAUGAUGCGAUUCGACUUUUUUGUGUGUAUGUGCUAGGAACGCGUGUACGUAAAAUGGAUAGAGGUCGUGGGGGGAGGGGGGGGGAGAAGGAGCAUGCGUAUGUGAAAGACAA